AUAAAAAAGUAGGGAUUCGAUUGAGAGUAAAAGAGAAGUCUUUAACAGUAGAAGUACAUUUGGGUUGUCCACCAAAUUGGGGAACGGGGUAGGGGGAGGUACAACUCCAUUUUCUAUCUUGCCGCUGUGCGGAGGCAAACGGCGACGAUCGGAGCCCCUGAAGGGAACGCAGCAAAGGCCGCCGACACCGCCGCAGGAGACCGGCGAUUUCUGAAAAAACACGGAGAGACGACGACUCCUGCGAUUAGAUUGCUUUGUUAGCGGAGGGAGAAGUGGAGGCAUAAGAUAUGCAUAAAGAACGUAAUCAUGGCUCCCAAGCAGGGCCUGGAGGACGUUUACGUCGCCGCAGAGGCUCAAAUGAGGUUCCUGGCGAGGCUGUUAGAGAAAAUGGUGAUCAUUUACUUGUCAAUGAUCAAAACAAGUACAAAUCAAUGCUGAUCCGGGGAUAUUCAUCUGUGUGGAUGAUUGGUGGAUUUGCCUUUAUAAUUUACAUGGGUCACCUGUAUAUUUGUGCCGUAAUUGUUGUUCUCCAAAUCUUCAUGACGAAAGAGUUGUUCAAUCUACUUAGAAGAGAUCAUGAAAACCAGCAGCUCCCUGGGUUCAGAUUAUUGAAUUGGCACUUUUUCUUUACAGCAAUGGUUUAUAUUUAUGGCCGCAUCCUCAGCCAAAGUCUUGUCAAUACUGUCACGACAGACAAGUUCCUAUAUAAACUUGUUGGCAGAUUUAUCAAGUACCAUAUGGUCACUUGCUAUUUCUUGUAUAUAGCAGGUUUCAUGUGGUUCAUUCUUACUCUGAAAAAGAAGAUGUACAAAUAUCAGUUUGGCCAGUAUGCAUGGACCCAUAUGAUUAUAAUAUUGAUGGUCACACAGUCCGCAUUCACAGUGGCAAACAUAUUUGAAGGAAUCUUCUGGUUCCUUCUACCAGCGUCGCUGAUUGUUGUCAAUGAUAUUGCUGCAUACUUGUUUGGGUUUUUCUUUGGAAGAACUCCUUUGAUCAAGUUGUCCCCUAAAAAAACAUGGGAGGGUUUCAUUGGAGCAUCUGUCACUACUAUUAUCUCUGCUUUUCUGCUUGCAAAUUUGUUUGGUCGUUUUCAAUGGCUCACCUGCCCAAGAACGGAUUUAUCAAUGGACUGGCUUAAUUGUGAUCCCGGCCCUUUGUUCAAACCGGAAUAUUACACUCUUCCAGAGUGGAUUCCUCAAUGGUUUCCUUCCAGAGAGAUUGUGGCAAUGCCAGUACAAUGGCAUGCAUUAUGUCUUGGCCUAUUUGCAUCAAUCAUCGCUCCAUUUGGGGGCUUCUUUGCAAGUGGCUUUAAAAGGGCCUUCAAAAUCAAGGACUUUGGCGAUAGUAUUCCUGGGCAUGGAGGCAUCACGGAUAGGAUGGAUUGCCAGAUGGUAAUGGCUGUUUUUGCCUACAUAUAUCAUCAGUCUUUUGUGGUCCCUCAGAACUUAUCGGUGGAGAUGAUAUUGAAUCAGAUAUUGAUGAACCUGCCAUUCGAGGAUCAACUGACCCUGUUCACAAAGCUGGGGCAGAUCAUCCAGGAGAAGCGAUUUGCGGAAUCUUGAGUUGGCGGAGUAACUGCUCCUAGAAGGUGAUGAAGAUGAUAGUAGUGGGUAAUGGUUUCAUAGGGUGAAUUAGUUCUUCAUGCAAAUAUGCAAUAUGCUUUUGUAUAUUUUUAGUAGGGACUAGGGAGUAGUAUUCUGCAAAUUAAAUGUUUCUUCUUCCAAACCAAACCAUUUGUAUUUUGUUUGGUGUGCUUUCAAUCCUCUGCUACUGGUCAGUGUUGGAAUCUAUCUUAGGUUUGAAUGCUAAAUUCUUUGCUCUGUUUUACUAGCAUAAGACUACAUUU